AUGCAAACGGAUCCAGGAACACGCACGAGGAGAGACUCUGGCGAGGCGAGGAGCGAGUGCGCAAGGGACGGACGACUGUCGUCGGGCCGCGGGCACGCGGAUCUGACUGCAAGUCGAGGAGACGUCUCUUGCACGGGGCGCGUCGGACUUAAGUGGAGCUCCCCGUCGUUCAUUGGCGGAAAGUUGCGAGGCCACUUUUUGGCGUAA